GAAAAAUUGUGUUGCUUUCUCACGAAUUAACUCUCUUCUCGCUUUCUACAGGCUCCCCAAUUUCCUUGCAGCGAUGGUAAUGGGCAAUGCUAGUGGUAGGAAAGAUGGAGAAGGCUCUUCAGAGGGCGGUCAGCAGGACAUGGAGUUUGUGCACGAUGAAGAGCAUAGGACUAAUCCUGCGGUGGGUAUGUAUGGGGAGCCAAUCUUUCAAUCCUUUCCGUAUGGUCCCAUUGGCUACCAGCCGACACUCAUUGAUGAGGCCACUCCACAUGUCCCUAUGGUUGGCAUACCAAGAGUUGGUGAACCAACGCAUAUGUCAAAUUAUACGUCACUGCAACACACAGCGUAUUUCGAUGAUGCCAUCGAUGAAAAACCUAGGAUAGUGAUGAUAACAUGGAGUUUUGGUGGCAACCAAGUAGCUGUCAUUGGAUCCUGGGACAACUGGGAGAGAAGGGAGCCCAUGUAUAGAUCAGGCCAAGAUUUCAUUAUUCUGAAGAAGCUUCCAUCCGGUGUUUAUCACUACCGCUUCAUUGUGGAUGAACAAUUUAGGUAUGCUCCAGACUUACCAUGUGAACGUGAUGUUUCAGGGGCUGCUUUCAAUGUUUUGGAUGUGCAGGACACUGUUCCAGAUGCUCCUGAGAAGCUCUCUGAGUUUAAAUCUCCUCCUUCCCCAGAAUCAAGCUAUGACAACGAAUCCUUAAACGAAGACUUCAGCAAGGCUCCGCCGGAAAUUCCUCCACAGCUGCUAAAAGCACCAAUAAUCAAGCCAUCACCUGCUACAGCCGGUCAUCAGUCUCUGCCAAGACCUAAUCAUGCAGUAUUGAAUCAUCUCUAUGUUGAAAACAAUCAAGCUAAUCAGCCUGUAGCUUUCGGCUCAACACAUCGCUUCCGCAACAAAUAUGUGACUGUAGUUCUAUACAAAGCUCCUCAGUGAUGAAUUUUUUUUCCUGCGCUUGUAGACUUCAGGAUUAGAUUGAUUUUAUCAGUGAAAACUUGUUAAACUGAUAAGUACAUUAUUUAUAGAAUUAGCGCAGGAGAAAGUUUUCACCUUUAGGGGUAACUUGCAGCAGCUGUUCAUUUGAAAUUAUACAGAUGUAAAUAAUUUAUUGCAGUUGUUGCAUUGCUUGAGCCUCUGUAUCAUUGAGAAUUCAAGUAGAAUAUGAUAGUUCAUUGCAGAUAUUGGUACUUUGUGCGACUUUGCAGAUGACUAACUAUAUUUUAUUUCCAUCAUUGGCAGCAAUUGCACUCGUUUUAUCGCUUGUAGAGCUCGAGCAACAUCAACUGCUCUGAUAAUGCCCUGAAGUAGAUUGAUCUGUUGUUGCCAUCUUAUAAUUCCAAGCGAAUCGUAGAGUUGAUUAGAUAACUUGCUUACUUUGGCAGGGCGUUUACCAGUGUUCGAAGGGUUCGAAAACGUUUAUGUUCCAAUAGAAAUUUGAUGUUCAUUCUAUUUGGAAUGCUCUCGAACCCUCUCCAACCACACCCGGGCGAACGCCCCUGCCAAAGUAAGCGAUAUGUCAUUGCUGAAUGACCAUGGACUUCUUUAGCACCAAUAAAA